AUGAUCGAGAUAAGACGCGUAGUGAGCAUCAGUAAGCUGGCUUCCGCCAAUGAAUUUUGCCGUGACCUCAUAGAUGAGGUGAAGGCUUGCCUGCUGCUGCCUCAGGAGCGAGUACGCAUACAGCUGUGCAGUCCGCUGACUCCAAAAGAGGCGCUCUUCGUGGUAAGUGGCCAGUGCUCGGGCGCCGCCAUAGCCUCCGCCGAGGGCUCCAACCCGCACAGUCGCCACUAUGGUGUAGGCGUGGGUGUGAUCAGUGACCUCUACGCGGGUGAAAGACAUGACGGACAGAGCUACCUUAACUCCAUGGAGAGCAUGUCUACUUACAGAGUAGGCGUCGGGGUAGCGGUUUUGAAUAGGCUGCUGUACGCUGACAAUGGGUCCGAUCGUCAAAGUGCUCUCGCCACGGUGGGACACUUCGAUCCACGCGCCCGUACCUGGUUCCACGUUACUUCGAUGUCGGCGUGGUGA